AGUUUGAGGCUUCCAUCUCUUUCACAUUCACAAAUCACAUGCUGUCAUCUGUUUAUUUUUCAUAUGAAUUGGUAAAAAAAAAAGAAAAGAAAAAGAAAACCCAAAGAUAAACAAUAAAGCAAAUACAAGGCCAACAAAUAGAAACCCAAAUUAUCUGAAAAUAUUGAUUAUACGAGUGUUUUCUCUUACCUAAUUAUCUAAAGACAUUCCACAGAUUUUCUUGCAGAGUUUGUUUUAAUGUUUUUUUAAAAUCCUUAAAACUAGGAUUUCAAAUUGAACCCAACUUCUAUUUCACAUUGUUCCUUCCUAGUCUCUGGUUUAAGGUUCUUUUCUCACCUCCGGUCAAAGAUGAGAUAAUUGGUUCUGGAUAUUUGGAAUUUACUAUGGAAAAAAGGAAAUGGUUGUGGAAGAGGAGGUCUUCCGAGAGAAGUCCUGGAGAGACUGAGAGUUCCGGAUCGUUGUCAUCGAAGUCCGAGAGAUACUCCGAUGAUCAGCAGGAUCCUUCCAAGGUGUCUUCACCGCCGAAUAAUAACACACAAUCGCCUGAAGUGUCGUCGAAGGCUUCACCCGAUUCCAAAGAAGUUACUGACAGCAUUAAGAUCUUGACGGAGAAAUUAUCAGAUGCACUAGUUAAUAUUAGUGCCAAAGAGGAAUUGGUGAAGCAGCAUUCAAAAGUUGCAGAAGAAGCUAUCGCGGGUUGGGAAACUUGCGAAAAUGAAGUAGUGGUGUUGAGGCAAAAACUCGAGGCUGCAGUUCAGCAAAACUCGGCUUUAGAAGAUCGUGUGAACCAUCUUGAUGGAGCUCUCAAGGAAUGUGUAAGGCAGCUAAGACAAGCAAGAGAGGAGCAGGAGGAAAAGGUCCAUGAAGCCAUUGCGAAAUCUGCCCAGGAUUGGGAAACCACCAAAUCUGAACUCGAAAGCAAGUUGCUUGAGCUCCAAGCUAAAGCUGAAGCUGUUAAUUCUGAGCCCCCUCCAGAGUUCAAUCUUGACCUUUGGCGAAAGAUUGAAGCUUUGGAGAAGAAAAAAGCAGACCUCGAGCUUGAGCUCUCAUCUCAAUUGAAAGAGAUGGAAAUCAGAACAAUUGAAAGGGACUUGAGCACCCAAGCAGCUGAAACAGCUAGCAAACAACACUUGGAGAUUAUUAAGAAGGUAGCAAAGCUCGAGGCCGAGUGUCGAAGACUCAAAACAAUAUCUGAUAAAUCUCUGAAUGCCUCCUCAGUGUAUGCCGAAUCCCUUACUGAUAGUCAAUCAGACAGCGUAGAACAAGUUAAUCUCGUGCAGAUCAAUACUCACAAGAUAGCCGGCUUGGAGGCAAACAAAGAACCUGGUUCGUCUGAUUCAUGGGCAUCAGCCUUAAUUGCAGAACUUGAUCAAUUCAAAAAUGAAAAGGCCAUCAACCGAAACCUCCAGGGUUCUACCAUUGAGAUUGAUCUCAUGGAUGAUUUUCUCGAGAUGGAACGACUUGCUGCAUUGCCUGAAACCAUGAGUGAAAACCAUUGUCUUGAACCUAAAGCUAUAGCGAAACAAUCUAACAAAGAUGGUGAUAGCUUGAUGAAUCUUGAAGCCAUGAUUCAUCGAACAGCGGAACUCGAAGAGAAGUUGGAGAAGAUAGAAAUUGAGAAGGCUGAAUUACAAAUUGCUCUUGCCAAAAGCCAUGAAUGUCUAGAAGCAUCGGAGCUGCAAAUGAGGGACACAGAAACAAAAUUGGGGGACUUGCAAAGGGAGCUCUACAAUGCAAAUGAUGCAAAGCAACAACUCGUGUCUCAACUCAGGAACAUGAAAGCAGAUGUAGAGACGAUGUCAGCAAAGAUUAACUCAUUAGAAAAUGAAAUAAAAAAGGAAAGGGCUUUGUCCGCAGAGGUUUCAGUUAAUGCAAAUGAAUCAAAGAAGAUCUUGGAGUCUCAACUCAUUAGCAUCGAAGCAGAUGCUCGAACAAUGUCUGCAAAGAUUGUUUUAUUAGAAACAGAAGUUGAAAAGGAAAGAGCACUGUCGGCACAAAUUACAGUCAAGUGUCAAGAACUGGAAGAAGAGCUGUCGAGGAAGAAACAGGAAGCUGAGCUACAGCAAAACCUUAACUUGAAUGGUGAAGUGAAGAUAAAACAGGAGGAUUUAGCUACUGCUGCUGGAAAACUUGCGGAGUGUCAAAAAACAAUAGCAUCUUUAGGAAAGAAACUGAAAUCUCUUGCAACACUUGAAGACUUCUUAAUCGACACCACCAGCGUACCCGAGUUCCCUACGGAUGGAUCAUCGAUUCCUAAAGCUGGUGGAGAGCCUUGGAAUUUUCGUUCCAAUGAAACAUCUGCAGCCAAAAGAGAUCCAGAGUCUCCAAGAGCUAGUGCUGAUAAGGACAAUGGAAACACACCAACAUCUUCAUCCCCGUCUUCAUCGAUCGUGUCAUCAAAUCAUGUCGGCUCCGAGAAGAACAGAAAUGGGUUUGCUAAAUUUUUACACACGGAGUAAGAACGGGAUACAACUAGAAAUUUAAGGCGAUUUAUACAAGUUGUAAAAUUGUUGUCAUUUUAAAGACGGCG